AUGCGCUCAUUCUCGGGCCGGAAGCAGCAAAAGGAGAGUCACCCCCCAUCUGCGCGGGGACCCGGGGUCCUAGUCCCCGAAGCAGCGUCCCAGGUCCCCCCGGGCAAGAAGAGCGCCGUGACGUCACUCCUGCUGCGUAUUACGUCAUGUUACGUCAUGGACACGUUUGCCAAACCUGCCCCCCCCCUCCGGCCUCAGCCUCCCCAGCACCUGGAUGACAGGGGGGCACUACCCUCCCAGCUUGGACGCUGCUUUUUAAACCUCAUUUUUGUUUUUUCUGCUUCUUCCUCAGUUUUCUGCCAGCAGCCGGACCGCGUGGCCAUCGUGACGGGAGGCACGGAUGGCAUCGGUUACGCCACCACCAAGUACCUGGCCAGGCUGGGCAUGCACGUCAUCAUAGCUGGGAACAAUGACGCCAAAGCCCAAGAAGUCAUCCGCAAGAUCAGAGAAGAGACGCUCAACAGCAAAGUCGAGUUUUUGUACUGUGACCUGGGCUCCAUGACGUCCAUCCGGCAGUUCGUGCACAAGUUCAAGAUGAGGAACGUCCCGCUGCACGUCCUGGUGAACAACGCCGGCGUGAUGAUGGUCCCCCAGCGGCAGACCAAGGACGGGUUCGAGGAGCACUUGGGGGUCAACUACCUGGGCCACUUCCUGCUGACCAACCUCCUGCUGGACACGCUGAAAGACUCAGGCUCCCCGGGCUGCUGCGCCAGGGUGGUCACCGUGUCCUCGGCCACCCAUUACGUCGGGGAGCUCAACCUGGAUGACCUUCAGGGCAGUCGCGGGUGCUACUCGCCGCACGGAGCCUACGCGCAGAGCAAACUGGCCCUGGUCCUCUUCACCUACCGGCUCCAGCGGCUGCUGGCCGCCCAGGGGAGCCACGUGACCGCCAACGUGGUGGACCCCGGGGUGGUCAACACGGACCUCUACAGGCACGUCUUCUGGGGCACGCGGCUGGUCAAGAGGGUCCUCGGCUGGCUCCUCUUCAAGACGCCUGAGGAAGGAGCGUGGACCACCAUCUAUGCGGCGGUCACCCCGGAACUGGAAGGAGUUGGUGGCCGCUACUUCUACAACGAGAAGGAGACCAGGUCCCUGCCGGUCACCUACGACCAGAAGCUGCAGCAACAGCUGUGGGCCACAAGCUGCCAGCUGACGGGCCUCCCCGACGGGAGCCGCGGCGCCAUCUUGAGAUAGCUGUGGCCCCGGGGCUCUGCGGCCCGGCUUGGUAGGCUCUCCGCCACCCAGAGGGACACUGGAGGUGACCACUCGUUGGUGGUCCUCAGCCUGAAGUCCUGGGAUGCCCGAGUGCCAAAUUGUCACGGGUGCCACGGGUCAUUAAAUCCUUCCACCUCCGUG